AUGCCCAAAGCCCACUCAACUCCCAGACACGUCGACCUUGCAAUGCUUCGUUGGAAAUCGGCCCAGAAACCUGAUUUCAAGAACAGAUUCCUGUACUCAAUGCCCAGGCAACCGUCUGUCGAGCAGUGCGGUACUGCAGAAGAAAAGGAAACACCUUCCAGAGCAAGAAUCAUCACACUUUCAUAUUCGCCUUCAAAGCCAACUGCCUCCCCAGUUCCACCGGCAACUACACUCAACUCGGCUUCUACAAAUCGGGGUCUGAGCCAUAACGACGCAAACGAGUCAAUGCCAACCUCUGGUGCGCAAUAUAUCGAAAUGAAGUCAAUCCCGAAACCCGCCAACUUAACAAUCGGUCGAUUCGAGCCGUUUCUGCAAUGGUCUAAAGACCUUGGAAUGCCGCUCAAGGAUCAGAAGAAAGAACAGCUAGCUAUUCUGACGAAAGAGGUGAUUUUGGCCACCGAUUACCCCCAUGUACAAGACUUUUGA